GCACUCAUUGUCUUGCACCAUCAUUGGGGAAACCUGGCAGUACUGACAAUAUGACUAUAAUCAUUGUGCAGUUGAAUGAACCUGAUCUAAAAAAUGCCCCAGCUCUUAAUGAGGUGAGAAUACCUGCAGCUCCUACAAAGACUGAAUCAUCAGCUGCAAGUCCUUCUGAAGCUGAAUCAUUAACCACACCUCCUGAGGCUGAAUCCUCAGCUGCAGUGCAUGUUGAAUCAUUACUUGAAUCAUUACUUUCAAGAGCAGCUGCUAUUGCAGUAGAAUUAUCUGAAGCUUUUGCUGAUGAAGAAUCAGAUGAAGAAUCAGAUGUGGACUCACCUGCAGCUCUUGCUGAGAUGGAAACAUCACCUGCAGAUUCUGCUAAGUUGGAAAUAUCAGCUGUAUAUCCUGCUGAGUCCAAAACACAAGUUACAGCUCCUGUUGAGAUGGACACAUCAACUGCACCUCCAGCAGAGAUGGAAUCACCAGCUAUAGCUCCUACUGAGAUAGAAAUGCAACCUGCAGCGCCUGCCAAGGAGGAAACACAAGCUGCUACCCUUGUUGAGAGGGAAAUAUCAGCUGCAGCUCCUGCCGAGAUAGAAAUAACAAUUACGGCUCCUGCUGAGGUCAAGACAUCAACUGAAGCUCCUGCUAAAUCGGAACCGUCAGCUGCAGAUCCUUUCAAGAUGGAAAUAGAUGCAGGUCCUGUAGAGAUAGAAGUAUCAGGUGCAGCUAUCGAGAUGCAAACACCAACUGCUGUAGCUCCUGCUGGGUCCAAAACAUCAUCUGCAACUCCUGCUGAGCUGGAAACAGCAACUGCAGCUCCUGCCAAGCUAGAAGAUUCAACUGCAGCUUCUGCCGAGCUGGGAGCAUCAACUGCGCCUUCUGCCGAGCUGGAAGCGUCAACUGCACCUUCUGCCGAGCUGGAAGCUUCAACUCCACCUUCUGACGAGCUGGAAGCGUCAACUCCACCUUCUGACGAGCUGGAAGCGUCAACUGCACCUUCUGCCGAGCUGGAAGCUUCAACUCCACCUUCUGACGAGCUGGAAGCGUCAACUGCACCUUCUGCCGAGCUGGAAGCGUCAGCUGCACCUUCUGCCGAGCUGGAAGCGUCAACUGCACCUUCUGCCGAACUGGAAGCGUCAACUACACCUUCUGCCGAGCUGGAAGCGUCAACUGCACCUUCUGCCGAGCUGGAAGCUUCAACUCCACCUUCUGACGAGCUGGAAGCGUCAACUGCACCUUCUGCCGAGCUGGAAGCGUCAGCUGCACCUUCUGCCGAGCUGGAAGCUUCAACUCCACCUUCUGACGAGCUGGAAGCGUCAACUGCACAUUCUGCCGAGCUGGAAGCUUCAACUCCACCUUCUGACGAGCUGGAAGCGUCAACUGCACCUUCUGCCGAGCUGGAAGCGUCAGCUGCAACUUCUGACGAGCUGGAAGCGUCAACUGCACCUUCUGCCGAGCUGGAAGCGUCAACUGCACCUUCUGCCGAGCUGGAAGCGUUAGCUGCACCUUCUGCCGAGCUGGAAGCGUCAACUGCACCUUCUGCCGAACUGGAAGCGUCAGCUGCACCUUCUGCCGAACUGGAAGCGUCAACUGCACCUUCUGCCGAACUGGAAGCGUCAACUACACCUUCUGCCGAGCUGGAAGCGUCAACUGCACCUUCUGCCGAAGUGGAAGCGUCAACUGCACCUUUUGCCGAAGUGGAAGCGUCAACUGCACCUUCUGCUGAGCCGGAAACUUCAACUGCAGCUCCUGCUGAGGUGGAAGCAGCAACUGCAGCUCUUAUCGAGCUGCAAGCAUUCGCUACAUCAUCUGCAACUCCUGCCGAGGUUGAAACAUCAGAUACAUCAUCUGCAACUCGUUCCGAAAUGGAAACAUCCAAUACAUCAUCAGCAGAUCAUUCCGAAAUGGAAACAUCAUCUACAGCUGCUCCUGAGAUAGAAACUUCAGCUCCUGCCAAGAUCGAAACAUCAGCUACAGCUACUGCCGAGAUCGAACCAUCAGCUGCAGCUCCUGUCGAGAUUGAAACAUCAGCUGCAGCUCCUCUCGAGAUUAAAACAUCAGCUGCAGCACCUGUCAAGAUGGAAACAUCAGCUAGAUUAACUGCAGCUCCUGCCAAUAUGAAAGCAUCAGCUAUGUCACCUUCAGCUUCUACUGAGAUCGAAAUAUCAGCUACAUCAUCUGCAGCUUCUGCCAAAGAGGAAACAUCAUCUCCAGCUGCUGCCAAGAUUGAAACAUCAGCUACAUCAUCUCCAACUGCAGCUGAGAUUGAAACAUCAGCUACAUCAUUUGAAGCUCCUUCCGAGAUGGAAAUAUCAUCUGCAGAUGCUGCUGAGAUUGAAGCACCAGCUACAUCAUCUCCAACUGCAGCUGAGAUUGAAACAUCAGCUACAUCAUUUGAAGCUCCUUCCGAGAUGGAAAUAUCAUCUGCAGAUGCUGCUGAGAUUGAAGCACCAGCUACAUCAUCUGAAGCUGCCGUUGAGAUGGAAACAUCAGCUACACCCUCUGAAGGUCCCGUCCAGAUGAAAACAUCAGCUACACUAUCUGAAGCUCCGGUCCAGAUGGAGACAUCAGCUACACCGUCUGAAGCUCCCGUCGAGAUGGAAAUGUCAGAUACACCGUCUGAAGGUCCCGUCGAAAUGGAAACAUCAGAUACACUGUCUGAAGCUCCCGUCGAAAUGGAAACACCAGCUACACCAUCUGAAGCUCCCGUCGAGAUGGAAAUAUCAGCUACACCAUCUGAAGCUCGUGUCGAAAUGGAAACAUCAGCUACAUCAUCUGAAGCUCCUGUCGAGAUAGAAACAUCAGCUACAUCAUCUGAAGCUCCCGUCGAGAUGGACACAUCAGCUGUUGAGAUGGUCACUUCAGCUACAUCAUCUCCAGCUGCUGCCGAGAUUGAAACAUCAGCUACAUUAUCUGCAAUUCCUAUUGACAUGGAAACAUCAGCUACAUCAUUUGAAGCUCCUUCUGAGGUGGAAGCAUCAGCUACACCAUCUACAGCUUCUGCCGAGAUAGAAGCAUCAGCUGCAGCUCCUGUCGAGAUGGUUACUUCAGCUACAUCAUCUACAGCUGCUGCCGAGAUUGAAACAUCAGCUACAUUAUCUGCAAUUCCUAUUGAGAUGGAAACAGCUACAUCAUUUGAAGCUCCUUCUGAGGUGGAAGCAUCAGCUACACCAUCUACAGCUUCUGCCGAGAUAGAAGCAUCAGCUGCAGCUCCUGUCGAGAUGGUUACUUCAGCUACAUCAUCUCCAGCUGCUGCCGAGAUUGAAACAUCAGCUACAUUAUCUGCAAUUACAAUUGAGAUGGAAACAUCAGCUACGUCAUUUGAAGCUCCUUCUGAGGUGGAAGCAUCAGCUACACCAUCUACAGCUUCUGCCGAGAUAGAAGCAUCAGCUACACCAUCUACAGCUUCUGCCGAGAUAGAAGCAUCAGCUACACCAUCUACAGCUUGUGCCGAGAUAGAAGCAUCAGCUGCAACUCCUGUCGAGAUGGUUAUUUCAGCUACAUCAUCUCCAGCUGCUGCCGAGAUUGAAACAUCAGCUACAUUAUCUGCAAUUCCUAUUGAGAUGGAAAAAUCAGCUACAUCAUUUGAAGUUCCUUCUGAGGUGGAAGCAUCAGCUACACCAUCUACAGCUUCUGCCGAGAUAGAAGCAUCAGCUGCAGUUCCUGUCGAGAUAGUUACUUCAGUUACAUCAUCUCCAGCUGCUGCCGAGAUUGAAACAUCAGCUACAUCUUCAGCUCCUGUCGAGAUGGAAAUAUCAGCUGCAACUGCUGCUGAGCUGAAAACACCAGCUGAAGCAUCUGCCGAGCAGGAAACAUUAGGUGCAGUUCAUGCCGAGCUGGAAACAUCAGCUGCAUCUCCUGCCAAAAUGGAAGCAUCAGCUGCAUCUCCUGCCGAAAUGGAAGCAUCAGCUGCAUCUCCUGCCAAAACAAAUACAUCAGCUGUGCCUCCUGCAGAGACUGUAACAUCACCCGCAGCUCCUUCUGAGACAGAAACAUCACCUGCAGCUCCUUCUGAGACAGAAACAUCAACUGCAGCUCUUGCCGAGAUGAAAAUUUCAGCUGCAGCACCUGUUGAGGUAGAAACAUUGGCUACAUUAUGUGUAGUUUCUGCGGAGAUUGAAACAGUUGCAGCUUCUGUUGAGAUAGAAACAUCACCAUCACCUGCAGAUCUUGCUGAGAUAGAAAUGUCACCUGCAACUGCUGAUGGCAUGGAAACAUCAGCUACAUCAUCUAAAGCUCCUGCUACAAUGGAAACAGCUGCGUCAGCUUCUGCCGAGUCAGAAACUUUAGCUACAUCAUCAACUCCUUCUGAAAUGGAAACAUUAGCUGCAGUUCCUGAUGAGCUGAAAGUAUCAGCUGUAGUUCCUGCUGAGCAAGAAACAUCACCUUCACCUACUGAUGAGCAGGAAACAUCAGCUGCAGCUCCAGCUGAGCCAGAAACAUCAGCUGCAGGUCCUGCAGAUAUGAACUCAGCUAAAAUUGGGGAGGAAUCAGUAGCAGGUCAUGAUUAAACUCAUGCUAGUAUACCUGCAUUAAGACAAUUCUUACUUGAUGCAGUUUGAGCCUGGGUUAGGAAAAGAACUCAGUUUUUGGUGCUACAAUAUUGCAAAAAAAAAAAAAAAAAAGAUUCAUAUCUGAGACCCCAAGAUGGAGGUUAAAAACUGUCUUUGAAAGUACUUGGUCAGUGACUAAAUUUGUGCUCAGCUCUAUAAGCAACAUUUUUUGUAGAAAUUAUUAAAAAGAAGACUGAAAAACUUUAAACUAGAAGUAUUGCGAGAUUGCGUUAAAAAAAAUCUUUAAUUAAAGCUGAAAAGAUUUGUGUGCUUAGAAGAUGCUAUAUGCCCUGCAUCUCUUAUUGUGCUGAAAAUGUCUUAUAUCAGUAAGUGGUAUUCAUAAAUUUGGGCAAGAUGCUGAUAAAUUUUGCAUCUAGUCUCUGAUUUUACAUUAUCAAGCGUUCAAAAUGUACAGCCUGUGGAUAAUGUUAAACCUCAUGACACUAAUAACUUGAUGUUUUUUAACUACAUGAUUUUUUGCCAUAUGAAGAAUUAGAAUUUCUUAAUGUGAUCCAAAAAGAUAAUAAAAAGUUUUAUAAUCUUUUCUAAUCUACAUUAAACUAAAUCUAAUAACUUCUUAAGGGUUCUUUCAAAGCUUGUAUGUAUGCAUUUGUCAGGAAACCUGUAAAAUCAGAACAAAUUUAAAACUGAGACUCAGAAAGUUAGAUUAAUGUGCAGGGUAGAUGCAAAUGGAGGUGGUGACUUAAGAGUUUUAAUUUAAACAUUCCAAAUGAAGUUUAGGAUAUUUCAUAUUGUUUUCAUUGAGUUUUCUAUACAGGGUGUUUAUAAAUGUAUGAUGUGGCUUUAAAAAUUAAUAAUAAAUCUAUGUAAUUUAUUAUAUUAUUAAUUAUUUAAUUGAUGUAAUAUAAUUUUAUAAUAAUAUUACCUUACCAAUGUAAAACCUAUACCGUAAACUUAGUGCCACUGCUUAUUUUGUUAGGUGUGCCCAUCUAAAGUAAUACAUCAAUUUAUUAUUAAUUUUUAAAACCCCAACAUUCAUUUAUAAACUCCCUGUACUUUGUGAACUGAAUUUGACUGUUAUAUGUUUUUUAAAGAAAACUGAAAUUCUUCAAAACUUUUGCUUGCUGUGUUUCUUUAGAAUGUUUUAAAUGUUUCUUUAGAAGAAAUGGCACUUUCAUGAAAAGAAAAUUUUAAUUUUUUUAAAAAAAAUUUGAAGUGUGCUUAUUGCCUCAGUUUUCUAUGAGCAGUUAGUUUCGUUAACAAAAUUUUUAAUUUUAUGAUACUUUAAGAGAAUUUAACAUCUGAGAAACCUUGAUAAGAAUGUCAUGUGAAUUUCUAAAAUCAACAAUAGGAACUUAAAAUGUUUGCCGAAAAUUUUCAUAUUCUAGUCUCAUAAACCUUUGAGUUUUUUAUUUCAUGUAAUCUUUAAUUUUUUUUUUCAUCGUAUAUAGUGUGUAGCAUAGAUUCCUUUUUUAAAUCUAAUCAUGUUUUGCAUGAUUAAUAAAGUAAAUUCAUUUUUCAGUUUUUUCUAAUAUGAAAUAACAGUAAGCCGUAAUUUCUUUUUGAAAGGAAUGCCAUGUAUAUUAAAUUUUUGUGCAUUUUAUUCCGCAUUUAUUUUGGAAGUGUUAUGUGUAAUUUCUGCAGUAUAUUUGUUAGUCUUGUCUUGUACUUAAAGGUAUUAAAAGUUUUAUAUUUUGUCAUAAAUCGUAUAAAGGAAAUUAUAGUGGUAUCUAUAAUCCAAAAAAAUCUGAAUUUUUAUUUUAAUUACCUCUUGCAAACUGUUGAACUACUGCCCCAUGGAUGAAGAUUAAAAAAAGGGGUAAUGGAAAUUAAUAACACUGUAAUUUAACGGAAAAAUUUGGGAGGAAGGAAGUAGCUUGUGCAGAAUAAAAAUCAACUCACAUUCUCCCUUAAAUAAGUUUUAUAACUUUUUGAAAUUUUUAAUGAUUUUGUAGCAGUUUAUUUACUUCACUCAAAAGCAAUUUUUGAUGGGCAUAAUUCAUUGGUAAAUGAAUUUCGGUCAAAAAUAUUGAAACUUAACUCAUCAGAAAUGUGACAAAAUUAUUCUUGCAUGCAAUAUUUCAAGAGUUUGUUUACAUUAUAAAGUAUGUAUUUACUUCUCAGAAAUGAAGAAAAUAGUUAAAAAAUUGCAGACUUGUUUUCACGUCUGCUGUUUUGAUACUUUUAUGCGUCACAUCUGUUUAAUAAAUUUUUCUCUGUGUACUUCCUGAACUUAUAUGAAAUACUCAUAUUACUUCAUAAUAAGUUAUAAUUUUAAUGAAUUCAGAUGAAAUUUCAUUAUUUUUUUACUUAAAACAAUCUUUUUAAAUGCUACCUUUUUAUUUUAUGACUUAAGACUUUUUGGAGUGAUAAAAUGAAUGUGUACUCUGCGUAUUAUUCCUUAUUAAAAGUAUUUUUUAUCAUUUAUCCAUAAGUGAUUUCUUUCUUAUCAGCUUCACUGUUUUCAUAUUGUAUUAUUAUGUAUCUUCUAAGUGGUGAUUAAUUUUUUAAAUAAAAUUGAAGUUAUAUUUCGUGUAUCAUUAUUUUUGUCUUAAAAUAAUCCUUUUAAAUGCUACCUCUAUACUUCAUGAAUUAAGACUUUUUGGAGAGAGAAAAUGAAUGUGUAACCUUUGUAAUGUUUCUUAUUCGAAGUAUUUUUGUCAUCUAUCCAUACAUGAUUUCUUUGUUAUAAUCUCACUGUUUUCAUAUUGUAUUAUCAUGUGUCUUCUUGUAAGUGGUGAUUAUUUUUUUUUAAUAAAGUUUAAAAAUGU